UCAAUGAUUGGGAGCCCAGCAUGUCAAUGUAAAAGAUAAGCCUGAAGAAUUUGCAACUAUCUUCAUCCAGAAGUGUCAAGAGGAUAGUGCAUUUCUCAUGUCCCAAGUAUCAGAGAUCCUAGUCUUCAGCCAAUUCAGUCCACUGCAUGUGAUAUAAUGGUUGGAGACUGUGUAUACAACAAUGAGCCUUGACAACAACCCAGCUUUAAUACUGACGACAUGUGCUCCAGAUACAGCUGUGCCCCUAGCCAAGUUAUUUCAGUGCAGCUACGGCAUUGGGAUCUACCCAGUAAUGUGAAAAAUUGACCUCCAAAUCACACAUCAUCCUGACAUCUCCACAAGAAAGUAAGACACAUCCAAUCUGGACAAUUACCAUCCCAUCAGUCUACUGUCAAUCAUCAAUAUAAUCAUAGAAGAUGCAGGAAUGAAAGUAACUUAACUUUCCCACUGGUGUGGCCGUAUUGCAAUCCCUGUUUCCCACCUCCACUCCUAGGCAAAACUUCAUGGAUCCCUUUGCAAGACUUUGAUACUCAAUGCCACUACCAAUACUCUAGAAUAAAACUUUAAUAUUGGAAUAAAAGCCUGAACUAACCUUAUAGCAACUCCUGCCUUGGUCCCUACAGCCGAUCUCAUUGCUCUCCCUGUUCUUCUCUUGCCAUGCCUUGGGAUGAAUGUGCUGCAUAUCAGCCUUUUCCAAGCCACAGUUUCACAUAUGGCAUGGGAUUCCACUGAAGGAGUCCCACACAUGAAAUGAAGAGCAAGUCCACUACUUGACGAGUGGUUGUGACAGUCGUUGUAUUCCAUUCACAGAAAUGAGUUUUGUGGAGUAUAGAGAUGUCAUUCAGAAUGGUGACACCGCCAUCGUCUUCCUGGGCCAUGAUUCAAUGUUUGCAAUCAAAGUUCAACAAGGCGGCGCAACGCAAACAAAAUAUGGGGCUAUCAAACACUCAGCUGAUCUAAUUGGGAAAAAGUAUGGGUCAAAGGUUACAUGCAGCAAAGGAGGUUGGGUAUAUAUACUACACCCAACUCCAGAACUCUGGACCGUGACUCUUCCUCAUCGGACUCAAAUCCUCUAUUCCACUGAUAUCUCUAUGAUCAUCAUGAUGCUAGAGUUGAAGCCAGGAUCGAUUGUCUGUGAGUCAGGUACAGGAAGUGGCUCUCUUUCUCAUGCUAUCAUUCGGACGAUUGCACCAACAGGACGGCUAUACACUGUGGAGUUUCAUAAGCAACGAGCAGAGAAAGCUGAAGAGGAGUUUUGUGAUCAUAAGAUAGAUCAUUUGGUCACCGUGAAAAACCAAGAUGUUUGUAAAGAAGGUUUUGGAGUUGUCAGUGUUGCAGAUGCUGUAUUUCUGGACAUCCCCUCACCUUGGGAGGCUGUGAGAUAUGCAAAAUCUGCCCUGAAAAUGGAAGGUGGAAGGAUCUGUUCUUUCUCUCCCUGUAUUGAGCAAGUACAGCGCACCUGCCUUGCUUUGACUGAGCAAGAUUUCAUGGAUAUCAGUACAUUUGAAAUUCUUCUCCGUGUGUAUGAUGUCAGGACUGUGAGCCUGCAGCUCCCUGACCUUGGUACAGGAGACACAAAUAACCAGGACACACCAGGCGACGUGAAGAACCAAUCAAAGGAAAACAGCUGGACUGAUUCACAACAGUUUAAAAGUGGUGCACCUCUGAGAGAGAUGGCAGGUCAUACUGGGUAUUUAACCUUUGCUACAAAGUAUCUCUCAUAGGCACUGACAAAUGUUUUAUUUUCUCCAAAAAAAAAAGCUGGAAUCUGGAAUCAAAUACCACAGAGUUGCAUUUAUGUGGAGUUGGUUCAGUAAUGCAUGCCAAGAAUGACAGCAAGAACAUAACCUUUUACUCUGUUUUUGCAGAAAAUGUCGGAGAAACAGCAUUGAAUUGAAUGCAAAAUCAGAACAUGGGCUGUAAAUGGAAUGAAUCAGUGGGCUCUAAACCACAUAUAAAUUCCAUGUGGGCAUGUUGUGCUGGCCUUCUUUCAUCUGUCCUUUGUUUCUUUAGAAUUUUUUUUUUAUUUAAUUGAUUUUCUAAUAAAUGUUUUAUAUACAAGAA